AUGGCGCAUAUGCAACUGAUCGGAGAAAUGGAGGAUACACUGGAUGAAGGGCGCACUACUUACUAUUUGCCCCACCAUCCUGUGUUUAAAGAGUCUAGCUCAACAACCAAAGUACGGGUAGUGUUCGAUGGAUCAGCGAAAACCACUACAAAUCACUCGCUCAACGAUACUCUACUUACGGGUCCAGUAAUUCAGGACGAGCUGUUGGACAUCAUGAUCCGUUUUCGCAAGCACGUAGUCGCGUUAGUAGUAGAUGUGGCCAAAAUGUAUAGACAGGUACGCAUUCACCCGGAGGACGCGUCGCUUCAACGGAUCCUGUGGCGCUUCGAUCAGGCUAAACCGAUCAAGGUGUACGAGCUACAUACGGUCACUUACGGUUUAGCGCCAUCAUCUUUCCUUGCCACUCGCGUACUUAAACAGCUUUCCAUAGACGCCGGUGACGCUGAUCCUGCUGUAAAGAAAGAUUUCUAUAUGGAGAAUUUUCUCUCCGGAGUGGAAUCGAUUUGGAAGGCGUUUACGAAGCGAAGCUCAAUCCCUAAUGGCUGA